GCUUAAUCCCAGUUGUCUUUUUUCCUUAAUAGGCCAACAAUCCAAGAUAUCAAAAAUCCCACUGGCACCUCACCCCACAACACACACACACACACACACACUUAAACAUAUAUGGGAAUUUGGCUCAUUUGCAUGCAUUUAAAAAUUGCCUGAAGUAACAUGAAUUAGUUGUGGACUUUGUGAUUACUAGUACUAAAUCUCCUACAUUGUUUAAAUGUUUGUUGGAGAAGGGCUGCAUUAUUUUAAGGAGAGACAGCUCUGACAAUUGUUUCUAUAAGAAUAUAGAUUUAGACAGAAAGAGAGAGAGAAGAAGGGGUGCUUGGAAUUUUGAUUUUUGAAUGUGGGUUGUGUCCUGUUUCGUUCUUAACAGCCCAUCUGUAGUUUUUUUACAUUGAUAAGGUAAUAUGUCUUUAUUUUUCUUUUUUCUUUUUAAGAAAAAAAAGUUAUUCUUUCUUCUCAGAUUCUUCUGAUUUUUCUUUCUCUCUUUCUUUUAUCUGUGAUGACUGAAGUUUUUUCGACCGUUUGAUGUCUUUCUUGUCGUAUUAGUGAAUCACAGAGACUUUUGUUGGGUAGCUUAUUUUGCCCGGCGUCAUUCUUUUUUGGUCACGGUCAAAUUUAUGUAUUCUGUGGGUAAAAAGAAAGACUCUGUUUUCUGAGCUUUCCUGGUCUUCCAUAUCACAGUGGCACUUGGUUUAGUCCAUUUCUUGCCUGCUGCUUCAAGGGUAACCGAAGGAUUUGGUGGCCAUUGUUUCUUUUUUUUUUUUCCCCCUUAAAAGACUUUGUGGGUUGUGGAUAAAAAAGCUAGUAAAUUUGAGGAUCAAGCUAUGUAAGGUUGCUUUCUGGAGAAAAAAGGCCUGGAAUCUCAUUUUUGUGCCUUAAAGAACAGUUUUGAGUAAGAAGGGGAAGGUGGUGGUGGCUGAAAAACUUUUUUAGAGUGACUUGAAUGGUGGGCAAAAGAUAAAGCUCAAAUAUUUUCUGAGGUAUUGUUUCAAUUUCAUUAAUGAUUUUGUGAACCAUUUGCUUCCAUUUUGGUCCCAUUUUUUACAAAUUUAAAUACACCAUGUACUGUACAACUGGAGAUAGAGACCACUGUCUUCUCUUCAAAGCAAAGUCUCUUUCAGACUUCCAUUAGAACAUACAAGUUAUGUGUAUGUAUCCCCUUUAUCGCUUACAGUGGGAGAUAAACUAUGGGAAAGGAUGGUGGUGGGAAAUUGUGGGCCUUUUGUUUUAUGUAAAUUUUUUUUAGAAAAAGGAAGGAUACUUAUACUACCCUGCCUAAAAGAUUAGAUCUACUCCAGUUAAUCCAUGAGUUUUAAGCUUUAAAGAUAUCAAUUCUUAUCUUCAACCAUUUCCUACAACUAAUUGCACAGUUGAAAAGUAAAGUCACCAACCUUUGCUUUCCUCUUUACAAAAUGCCCCCCAACAAUUGAGUACGUGAGCUUUAUUUUUUUGCAUUUUUGGUGUGUUUAUCACUGUAUUCAACUUGAUAUUUGGUGAGGGCUUCUUGGUCAUCUCAAGAUUAAUCUACCGACGGCCAUUAAUGGAUGGUCCUGUGUACUCAUAUAGACCAUAGCCGUUGUUAAGUUUACUUCUUUCACUUUCAUCAAGUGUACAUUAUACGUUCAUCAUUAAUUUUGUGUGCAUUUAGUUGGCUGAUAUUAAAUGCCUUUUGCACCUUUGUGUUAUUGAAAAUUCAAUCAUUAUUUGACAAGGCAAAAGAAGUAAUCUCGUGGGGACUUCAUUAGGUACUUGGAAAUUGCCUGUCGGUUCUUGUUCUCUGUAUAAACGAGUUUUAUGUGAUCAUCUUUCUCUAGCUUUGGCGGAAUCUUGAUCUGCUGCUUUGCUCUACUGGAAUCAUGAUUGAGGAUGCAGGAAAUGAUAUUGGGGUCGACAAUAGGUCGGCAGAGGAGUGGUUAUCUUCUGCACAACUGCUUGUUCCUGUGGCACUGGAGAAAGCAAGGUUGGUUAAGGUUUUCCCUGGUAGAUGGAAGAUGAUAGUUUCAAAGUUGGAGCAGAUCCCGACACGGUUAUCUGACUUGUCUAGCCAUCCCUUCUUCUCAAAGAAUGCACUUUGCAAGGAGCAGUUACAGGCGGUUUCAAAGACAUUACAUGACGCAAUUGAAUUGGCAGAGUUGUGCAUAAAGGAGAAAUAUGAGGGGAAACUCCGUAUGCAAAGCGAUCUUGAUGCAUUAUCAGGAAAGCUGGACUUAAACUUGCGUGAUUGCGGUCUUUUAAUAAAAACUGGUGUUCUAGGUGAGGUGACCUUACCAUCCACUGCUCCCAGCAACAUUUCAGCUGAACCCGAGGCUUUGUCACAUGGCAGUAUCAGAGAAUUGCUGGCCAGGCUACAGAUUGGUCAUCUGGAAGCAAAACAUAGAGCUCUUGAUACCCUUGUGGAAGUCAUGAAAGAAGAUGAAAAGAAUGUUUUGGCUGUUUUAGGACGUAGCAAUAUUGCAGCUCUUGUUCAAUUGUUGACUGCUACGUCUCCUCGAAUUAGAGAAAAGACGGUAACAGUGAUAUGCUCGCUUGCAGAAUCUGGCAGUUGUGAAAAUUGGCUUGUUUCUGAAGGUGUUCUUCCACCUCUGAUAAGGCUUGUUGAGUCUGGUAGUCCAGUGGGUAAAGAAAAGGCUACGAUUUCGCUCCAAAGGUUGUCAAUGUCGGCAGAAAUUGCCCGUUCUAUUGUUGGGCAUGGCGGGGUUAGACCUCUUGUUGAGAUCUGUCGAACUGGUGAUUCCGUUUCUCAAGCAGCUUCUGCCUGUACCUUAAAGAACAUAUCUUCUGUUCCAGAGGUGCGGCAGACACUGGCUGAAGAAGGGAUUGUAAAGCUAAUGAUUAGUCUUUUGGAUUGUGGAAUUUUGUUGGGAUCAAAAGAGUAUGCAGCUGAAUGCUUACAGAAUCUCAGCUCUACCAAUGACAGUUUAAGAAAGUCUAUAAUUUCAGAGAAGGGAAUACAAAGCUUGCUAGCUUAUUUGGAUGGUCCACUUCCUCAGGAAUCUGCCGUUGGAGCAGUUCGAAAUUUGGUUGGCUUAGUCUCCAUGGAUGAUGUGAUCUCACUUGGAGUCAUUCCCAGGUUGGUUCAUGUACUUAAAUUCGGAUCAGUUGGCGCUCAGCAAGCUGCGGCAUCUGCAAUCUGCAAACUCUGUAGUUCUACAGAAAUGAAAAAACUGUUCGGCGAAGCUGGUUGCAUUCCUCUGCUGGUGAAGAUGCUGGAAGCUAAAGCAAAUGGUGCCAGGGAAGUCGCGGCACAAGCGAUUUCUAACUUAAUGACGCUGUCCCAUAAUUGCAGAGAAGUGAAGAAAGACGACAAAAGCGUGCCAAAUCUGGUGCAACUGCUAGAUCCAAGCCCUCAAAACUCAGCCAAGAAGUAUGCAGUUUCUUGUCUUGCAUUGCUCUCCUCGAGCAAGAAAUGCAAGAAGCUGAUGAUCUCAUAUGGGGCAAUUGGCUAUCUAAAAAAGCUGAGUGAAAUGGACAUCCCCGGGGCGAAAAAGCUGCUCGAGCGUUUGGAAAGAGGGAAGUUGAAGAGCUUAUUUAUCAGGAAGUAGAAGGCAGUUGAAGAACAUCAAUGUAACAUGAACUAAUUUAAUUAUCUUGUUCUUGUUUCAUAAUCUGUAUGAAACAAAAUGGUCUUAGAUGGGGAUGGGGUAAAAUUAACCAGCUUGUGUAACUCAAAUGUAAUAAGUAGUUGUUUGGGUUAUGGUAUGAGUAAUAAUUCCAUCAUUCUGUACAGCAUCAUUGCCCCAUAAAUGCCUUUUGGAAUGUUAUGAAGGAGCCCUUUUAUACCCUUCAAUUAAUUCAAUAAUAAUUAUCUCCCUUACUGAAUGAUUUCAUUUUGUUCAUCAAGUAUUCAACUCUAUGAACUAUAAAUCUUCCAAGUUUUUCAAACACAGUAUAGCUAGGAUCAAGGAAUGAUCUUUGCAGUCAAAUUGGAGGAAUUCAUUUUGAAAUUCAAUUGGUUAGUGGGUUUUGUCAGAAUGUCACAUUCAAAUUUUUUAGCUGAGGUUAUGAGUACUUUUCAAGCUUUUAAUGAUUGGAGAGAGCUCCAUUUCACCUGACAUCACUUGAAGAUAUGGUUUGUUAUGAUGAUUAAAAUGUCAGCCAGCACUGAGCAACAUGCACAUAUGGGCUUUCUGAAGUUAGCCCCCACUGCCCUCAUCUUCCUUUUAAUUUUACUAUCAAUGCCAAGCAAAUAAAAGUCAUUUUUAGCAAUGAUGAUUCCAUUUAUUAUCAAAAGGUUAUGUACUGUUCAUCAAGUUCUGUAUGGUUAGAAAAUAGAAGAAACACAAGCAAGAG